AUGGAUAAACUACUCAAGCCAGAGCGACUGGAAAUUGAUAUACACUCAUCCGACAUUGGUCAGCAAUGGAUGCAUUGGAAACGGACAUUUGAAAACUUUCUUGAAGCUGCAAAAGUUUCAAAAGACAAAGAUAAAGUGAAUCUUCCUGUUGUAUGUAGUUUGGUUGCAGAAUGCAGUGAUACUAAGGAAACAAUAGAAAAUGUGGAUUCUGAAAGUAAUAUUAACGAUUCUGAUGAAAUUCAAGAGAAAGAAUGGAUGAUCCAGACUUCUAUAAAUUUUAGUGACCCUGCAACUUGGGAAAAUUUUGAUCAUCACCAACGACAAACUCUUGUAGAAAAUGGACCAGUCCAAAUUGUGGAUUUUCCUUUCCCAUUAGACAGCAACCGAAGAAAAUUUUGUGUAAGUUAUUAUAAAAGAAACCACGAAAAGAGCAGUGAUCACAUGUCAAAUUUUCAAGAUUGGAAAGAAUUAGAAUUUCGGCUUGGCAAAAACAAAACAAUAGAUUCAGAAAAUUUGCGAUUGAUUAGGCAAGAAGAAAGAUAUUGGCAACAAGUACUGGAAAGGCUAAUAGCGUUGGUUCGUGUUCUCGGAGCUCAAAAUUUAGCAUUUGGUGGAACACAUGAACAAAUUUUUAAAUCCGAUAAUGGAAACUUUUUAAAAUUUGUAGAAUACUUAGCUUUAUUUGAUCCUGUAAUGCAUGAACAUCUCCGAAAAAUCCAGGACAAAGAAACUCAUAUUCACUACUUGGGAAAAGAAAUUCAAAAUGAAAUGAUCAAACUUUUAUUCGGUGCAGUACAAAAAAAAAUUGUUGCUUGCGUUCGAUCUGCCAAGUAUUAUUCUUUGAUUUUAGAUUGCACGCCCGACGUAAGCCAUACUGAACAGAUGACUAUCAUAAUCCGAUUUGUCGAUUUAAUAGACGAACGGGGUGGAUACAUUAAGGAACAUUUCUUAGGAUUUGUUCCUGUUUUAGAAACCACUGGCGCUGGUUUAACUGAGAAAAUCUUGGAAGUAUUAAAAAAACUUUCCUUACCUUUCGAAAAUUUACGUGGUCAAGGUUUUGACAACGGAAGCAAUAUGAAGGGCAAAAAUAGCGGAGUUCAGCGAAGAAUUUUAGAUAAAAAUCCACGAGCACUUUUUGUACCUUGCAGCUCCCAUUCUUUAAAUCUAGUGGUCAAUGAUGCUGCUUAG